AUGAACAUUGUGGGAAAACUCAGUUUAAUGGUACCGUGGAGUAUAUUCAUGCUUCAUUCACUGCUGUCCUCUUUGCAAGGAUCUUAUUGCAAGGUUUCUCUUUUGAGAAGAAAUUUCAGAAAUGACUUUAAUGCAACUAGACAGAAAAGAGAUCUCAUAACAGCCGAGGUUCGAGCUUCCUCUGCUCUGUCACAUCUUCAUGGGGCCUUGACACGGAGUCCUCCAGGAGAGGAUGUAAGCAUGUCUGAGAGGCAUGUAACUGGUUAUGUAAAGGGACAGGGGUGUUCAAGGAAUGAGCAUGCAGCUGCUCCUGAAGGGUUUUUAGCAUUGUACAAACACAUAAAGCAGGUCCAAGUUACAGAAGCUGUUUUGCAGAACAGUUCAUGUCCCCUGGAGUGCCUUAAUGGAGCAGCCUGCACAGAGGCAGGUGACUGUGACUGUCAGUUAUUUCAGGCUCAAGGAAAGAGGUGCCAAAUUGUACCCAAUACUGGUAAGGACCGAGAUGGGAUUUGCAAAUCGUGGGGACAGUAUCACUUUGAAACAUUUGAUGGCAUCUACUACUACGUCCCAGGAAAUUGCUCCUAUAUUUUUGCAAAAGACUGCAGUACUCCAGAACCACAGUACACUGUUUGGGUUCAUAACAGUCCUCACUGUUAUGGUUCUGUAUAUACUUGUCAGAGGUCCAUCAGCUUGUUUUUUUCAAACCAAGAAGAAAUAAUUAUUUCAGGACAUGAAGUAAGAAAAGAUGGAAUCAGAUUAGUGUUGCCUCAGACAAUUGGAAAUGCUUUCUUUGAGAGACUGGCUGACUAUAUUCUGGUGAAGACCACCUUUGGUUUUUCUCUUGCUUGGGAUGGAAACUCUGGUAUUUAUAUUAAGCUGACAGAAGAUCAAAAGGGAAAACCUUGUGGCCUCUGUGGAGAUUUUAAUGGCAAUAAACAUGAUGACCUGAAACUGCAAAACAAUGAAUAUACAGAAGACAUUGCUGAAUUUGCAAAUAGCUGGGCUGUGCAGACCGCAGACGAUGUAGCUUGUGUACCUACUGCCUCAAAUUUUUCCAGUCCUUGCUCAGCUGAUGCAGAAUCCACUGAGGACAUAUUCUUCAAGUGCCAAAUAUUCCUACAGUUUCCUUUUCUCAGCUGUCAUGAAAGCAUAGAUCCAUAUUCUUAUAUUUCGAGCUGCAUGAAUGAUCUUUGCAGAGCAGAUGAUGAUGAAACAUACUGCAGGGCGGUGACAGAGUACGCUAGAGCAUGCUCUCACGCUGGGUCCCCAGUGCGGGACUGGAGGGAUGACUUUCCUGCCUGUACUGAGAAGUGUGAAGACAGCUUUGUACACCGUGACUGCAUCAGUUGUUGUCCACCAACCUGCACAUUUGAAAAAGACUGUCUUGGCAGCAACCUACACUGCUUAGAUGGCUGUUACUGUCCAGAUGGUCUCAUUAUGGAAAAUGGAACUUGUAUCUCCGUGUCAAAUUGUCCUUGUAUUUAUCAUGGAACUGCCUUCCCUGUAGGCUCAAAAAUUGAACAAGAAUGUAGCAACUGUAUUUGCACUGGUGGCAUUUGGAACUGCACUGAUCAUGAUUGCCCAGCUGAGUGCUCUAUAACAGGUAGCUCUCAUUUCACAACAUUUGAUGGACGUCAUUUCACCUUUCUUGGGAUUUGCCAGUACAUUUUGGUAAAAGGCACUGGGAAAAACAAAUUCACAAUAACUUUACAGAAAGCACCUUGUGGACAGAACUUUGACCACGCCUGCAUUGAGUCUAUAACUCUAGUCCUUGAAGAUGAUGUGAGCAAACAAGUAACUCUCACGAGAUAUGGUCAAGUCCAAACUGGCCCUAAUCAAGUUUUUAACCUUAAUGGGGCUAUUGAAAUUCAGAACGUAUCUUCUUUGUUUGUUCAACUGAAAACUCGUUUUGGUUUGAAGAUACUAUUUGCUAAAGAUGGAGAGAGGAUCUAUGUUCAAGUUGAUAUUGGCUGGAAGAGAAGAACAUUAGGACUAUGUGGAACAUACAACGGGAAUUUAAGAGAUGAUUUUCUUUCUCCAGCAGGGAUGAUAGAAGGGACCCCACAACUUCAUGCAAAUGCAUGGAAGGUUUCCUCAGCUUGUUCUGUGCCUAUCAACAUUCCUGUGGUUGAUCCCUGCAAUGUUAAUCAGCAGAAUGCUGGGUAUGCAUCUCACUGUGAUAUCAUCAACCAAGAAGUUUUUGCUCCCUGUCAUGCCUACAUCAGUCCAGGGUUAUACUACCAGCAAUGCCGCUUUGAUGCGUGCAAAUGUGGAAGCAGCUGUUUGUGUAAUGCUUUGGCACACUAUGCUUACGUGUGUGGCAAGCAUGGGGUCGUCGCUGACUUCAGAUCUCAUAUUUCUUACUGUGCUGUGAUGUGUCACAGUGGUAUGCUUUAUCAUCAGUGUUCUUCUUUUUGUAAACAUUCCUGUGCUUCACUUUCUAUGGCAAAUAUCUGUGGUGAUGACUGUGCAGAAGGAUGUAAUUGUCCUGAUGGGAAAUAUUUUGAAGAGUCAGUCAACUUUUGUGUGUCGAUAUCUGCCUGUCAUUGUCAUUACAAGGGCAAAGCCCUCCAGCCUGGAGAAAUCCUCCCUACACCAACAGGCUCCUGUCAGUGUUUAAACGGAACAGUGAAAUGUAUGGAAGCCACUACGGAAAAUACAGUUCACAUAUGCCCUGAAGGAAAAAUCUACUACGACUGCAAAUCUCCAGUGCCUGGAUUACCGGCAGCGGGUGUGAAUUGCGGGAUCUCUUGUGCGAACCUUGCCAUGAACUUCUCCUGUGUCCCCUCACCACCCUGUGGAAGCGGCUGCAUUUGCCCCCCUGGGAUGGCUGAGCACAGAGGGAAAUGUUAUAUUCCUGACAGCUGUCCCUGCACCUGGAAAGACAGGGAAUUUCUGUCAGGAGAAGUGAUAGCUACACCAUGUUACACCUGUGUUUGCCGGAAAGGGAUAUUCAAUUGUACUAGUUACCCCUGUCCUGCUGUAUGCACUGUUUAUGGAGAUCGACAUUAUUAUACCUUUGACGGAUUAGAAUAUGAUUAUAUCAGUGACUGCCAAGCUUACCUGCUAAAGAGCACAGAUAACUCAAAUAUAUCUAUAAUUGCUCAGAACAAAAAGUGCUUUGACAAUGAUAUUGUUUGCUCAAAGAAUGUUUUCGUCACAGUUGGAGACACUGAGAUUUAUUUUAGUGAACUUUCUGAGAAACAGGUUAGUUAUUUUCUUUUCUUUUCCGUAAUAAAGACCUUAAGGGGAAAGGAAAACAAAUCUAAAUAUCAGCUUUGGAAGGCUGGAUAUUAUACUGUGAUACACUUUCCAGAACAAGAUAUUACGAUUCUGUGGGAUAAGAAGACAAUGAUGCAUAUUAAAGUUGGACCUCGAUGGAAGGGUAAACUGGCAGGUUUGUGUGGAAAUUUUGACAAAUAUACUUCAAAUGAUCUGACUACCUCAAACAACAUGGAGGUGAGAAAUGCACAGGUGUUUGGAGACAGCUGGGUAUUAGGACAGUGCAAGAGCCCAAAUGAAACGCUAAGGCCAUGUGAGGUACAUCAGAGCAAGUUCCCUUAUGCCAAAAAGGAAUGCUCAAUUUUAUACAGCGAUGUUUUUGCACCUUGUCGCAAUGUGAUUGAUGUGACUUCUUUUGUCAAAAAUUGUCACACAGAUACGUGCAACUGCAACCUUGGUGGGGACUGCGAGUGCUUGUGUACCAGUAUUGCAGCUUAUGCCCACAAGUGCUGCCAGCAAGGAGCACCGAUUCACUGGCGAUCUCCUUCCCUCUGUGCUUAUGACUGUGAUUAUUACAAUCAAGGUCUUGGUGAAGGACCCUAUAUUUUGGCAAGUUACGGACAGAAUGACACAAUCAUAGGAGCUAAUAUAUCUAGUAGAAGGAUAUUUCCUCUGCCUAGAGCUGGAGCAUAUGGAAAUGUAUUUUUCAGCUUCAUGAUAACUCCAGGGCUUUUCAAAGAUAAAGAUUUAUCUCUCUCUCUCGUUUCCCUUGAAUCUGCUGAAAGACCAAACUACUUUCUAUAUGUACAUGACAAUGAAACUGCUGGGUUGGAACAGUGGCAGGCAAGUGACUCCUUUCAGAGACGAGCCACCUUCUUCCACCACCAGGGCCUCUGGAGUCCAGGGCUCAGCGCCUUCGAACUGCACAGUAAAAAAGGCUUUUUCAUCAUUCUCACCUCAUCUGGUGUUAAAGUGGCAAAGUAUGAUGAUUCAGAAGAAUUCAAACGUUUGAGUAGCUUUAGUAUUGAAGAACUCAGUGCCUCUGUGCCUUAUAGAAGAAUGUGUGAGUGGCGAUACGAAUCUUGUGCUAAUCCUUGUGUUAAAACCUGUAGUGAUCCUGAAGGAAUAGCAUGCAAAUUCCUUCCUCCGGUUGAAGGAUGCUUGCCAUACUGUCCCAAAAACAUGAUCCUUGAUGAGGUCACACUUAAAUGUGUUUAUCCAGAAGACUGCAUACCUUUGACACCUACAGAAUCAGCAAUUGGAACAAAACCUUCAUUGCUAGUCUCUCACACGGGUACUACCACAGAGUGUCCUCAGACACCUCCUUUAUUUGUUACUUCAGGGACUAAGUCAACCCAUGCUGAUGUGACAGGCAAAAUAACCAUGAAAGCAAACACAACUUUAAGGGGAAUGAAUACAUCGGCACAGCCCGUCACAGACGCUUAUUCAUUGGAAGCAUCUAAUGCAGCCAUCUACUCAAUGUUUUCAUUAUCAAGUACAGUGGAGCCUUCCGAUGUACUUCACAGCACAGCCAGCCCUACUGUCCUUUCCACACUCACCUCUUCAAUAGAUUUUCCAACAGCUCUUCAAGCCUCACCAGUCACAUCACAUACUGUCAUUUCUGCAUCUAUAACUUUAUCCAUUACAAUAGCAAGUCUAACAACCCCGCUCAGUGCAAGAAAACAGAGCUCUUCGGUAAGUUCUUCAGAAGAUGGAACAAUAUCAGCCAUAUCUGCUGGAAUCAUCACUCAAUCCACUACACCAACAAUCAAGAACACAACAGUGAAUGCUACAUCCUUAAAAGCGCCUUAUAUUUUUGCAAAAAUACCACCUAGCUCUUCAAGCAGUUUUGCUUCUGUCACUACAGUAGCCUCUAGCAUUACUACAAAAACCACUGGUUCUUUUGUUGCUGAUUUGGAGUUUUAUAUGGCUUCAGCUUCAGUUCCUACCACCACAGAAACAUCCAUGCAUGUGUCACACAGAUCUUUAUUUACACCUGCAGUGACUCAGGCUUCACAGAGCACUAAAGAGACUCCAAAAAUUAUGAUAAUGAAAACAACUGGUACUACAAGUCCAUUAUCACAGAUAAAGAGUACCUCACUUGCAGCUUCAGAAGUUAAAUAUGCAACCUCAUUUGAAAGAACUGGGGAUGUUUUAGAAAGUGGUCAGAUUUCACAUGAGGAAAGAAAUGUUACCAAGACAAAGUCAACCACAACUGAGAAAUCUUCCCUGUCUUAUUUGACAGUAUCUCCAGUUCAGAGUUCACCUUUCCCAAGAAACAUAACCACAGUAAAAAAUCUCUCUGUUUCUGGAGUCCCAGAUGUAAUUAUAUCAGAUUGGUCAAACAUCCCAACACAGAAAUCCAUUAAACCUUAUUUCAGUUUAACAGAGCCCACAGAGCAUCAGACCAGAACUGUAGUAGAUUUAUCUCAUUCUAGUGGUGGAAUGUCUCUGCCUUCCUCUCCAGAGCCUGUGGAAACACAAAGUUCUCUGGCAAGCACAGAAACAAUGACAGCUGUAGCUGACAAGGCUUCCUUUGGUACAAUGAUGCAUACACUGAUGUCUACAUCUUCUGAAUGUGUGCCGAGAUACCUUGAACCUGUUGACAAAUGUAGCCACUACGUAUGUGUUAAUAUGGACUGGAUAUUAUACAACCUUUCAAGGAACUGCCCUAAGGAUGCGCAGAAGCCAGACUGUGGUUUUCGAGGAAUGCCGGUUCAAGUUAACUCUGAUAGUUGUUGCCCAGAAUGGGAAUGUCCUUGUCAAUGUUCUGUACUGUCUGAACUGAGUGUUAUCACAUUUGAUGGAAACAACAUAGCCCUCUGUAAUAUGGCUUCCUACAUUUUAGUCAAGUUACCAGAAGAAACUAUUGUUGCUCAUAUUGAAAAAUGUCCUGCUAAUCAGAGUGCAAAUUCAAUAAGAAAACUAGUUCCCCCUGCAAACACUUCGGGGCUCUGUUUUAAGAAAUUAAAUGUAACAACAGGCACAUAUCAAUUACUUAUCAAUCGCUUAGAAAGAAAAGUAGUAGUGGAUUCUGUAAUUCAAUCAUUACCGUUUUCAAAAGAAGGACUGAGUAUCCAGGAUACUGGUGCAAUGUAUGUUGUUAAUACCCCAGCUGGUAUUAGCAUCAAGUGGGCUCACAUUACAGGCAUCAUCGAUAUACAGUAUAGAUUACACUCUAACACAUCCAUAAAGACAGAAGGACUUUGCGGGGUUUGUAAUGGAGACCCUACUGAUGAUCUGAAAAUGGAAAACAGGACCAUAAUUACAAACAUGGAGGAAAUCGAAGUGUUCAUUAGGAGUUGGGAAAUUGAGAAAUCACUUGAUGUAACAACCAGGAGGCCAGUAAGAAACUGUACUGAAGAUAACUGUACAUACUGUAUGGGACUGUUAAAUGGAAGCACUUUCAUCCCUUGUCACAAGAAAGUGUCACCACAGGAGUUUUGUGAGAAGAUGUGGAUCAACAGUACCAAUUUUUGGAAUUAUGAAUGUGAUGCACUUUCUGCAUAUGUGGCUUUAUGCAACAAGCACGACAUCUGCAUUAAAUGGAGGACACCUGAUUACUGCUCACUGAGUUGUCCCGAGGGCAAGGAAUACCAGCCUUGUGUGCAACCCUGUGAAGCCAAGACAUGCUUAAAUAAGUGGUUCUAUGAAGAUUCUCCCUGCUCCUACUUAAGGGAGGACUGUGUUUGUAGAAAUGGCACUAUUCUGCAUAGAACAGACUCUGACCUCUGUAUACCAGAAGAAAAAUGUACAUGUACAGAUAACAAAGGACAACCCCGCUCUGCUGGGGAGAUAUGGAAUGGGUCCAUGAGAGGCUGUUGUAUGUACAACUGUUUAGAAAAUGGAAGCAUUGUUGCUGUAGAACCUGAAUGCAAUGAGGAUCCACUACCAGUCUGUGAAAGAGAAGGGGAAGUUAUCGUCCAUGUCAUUGAAGAAAGAGCUUGCUGUCCAAAGAAAGUUUGUGAAUGUAACAUGUCACUGUGUGACACGAUUAUUCCAACAUGCAAACCCAGUGAAAAAUUAGUGGCGGGUUACCACCCCCUGUCCUGCUGUCCACAGUACCGAUGUGAAUGUGAUCCUUCAGCUUGUUUCAAUGCUUCCCACCUGGACUGCAGAGAAGAUCAAUUUAUUGUGGAAGCAAAACAGGAAGAUCCCUGUUGUUUCUCUUACCUCUGUGUUUGUGAAUCCUGUAUUGAGCCUGUUCCCUUGUGUAAUGAGGGGGAAAUUCUCACUGUAGACCUUAAUACCAUACAUUACUGUUGUCCUCAUUACUACUGUGUUUGUGAUGAAAAUCUUUGUUCUGAGCCUCCUAUGAAUUGCACAGAUGAAAUGACACUUGUGAAGGAAAAAAUACCUGGGCAGUGUUGUCCAGAAUGGCACUGUGAAUGUAGCUGUGAAAACUCUACUAUGCUGACCUGUAAAUUGGGAGAAGUUAAAAAAAUAGAUAGUAAUGUUUCCAGUGCUUGUGGAUGCACUCACUACAUUUGUGAGAAGGAUGAUGUGUGCAUCUUCCAAGAGGUCACAGUACUGAAUCCUGGACAGUCAGUGAUUCAGUUCUUGGGUGGAGACCUUUGUUACACUGUACAGUGCUUACAAGAAAAAGAUCAGAACACAGGAUACAAUGCAAUGCAUUUUACAAUGGUGAACUGUUCCCAGCAAUGUGAAGCUCAUCAAAUAUACAUUCCUUCCUCCAGUCACCAUACUUGUUGUGGUACCUGUCAAGACAUGUCCUGCUCUUUUCAUACUGAGAAUGGAACACUAAUCAUGUAUGAGGAAGGCAGCACCUGGACCUCCAACUGCACUAACUACAAGUGUGCAAAGACUGCUGCAGGGGUUGUCAUACUGGGAUCAAGUGUUGUCUGCCCCCCUUUUAAUGACACUGAGUGUACAAAGAACGGAGGAAUUGUGCAGAUGUAUAAUGAUGGCUGCUGCAAGACCUGCAAAAAAGAAGAAAGGAUUUGCCAGAAAAUAACAAUCAGGACAACCAUAAGAAAAAGUGACUGUAUAAGUCAAAGCCCGAUAAAUGUGGCUUCUUGUGAUGGAAAAUGCCCAUCUGCAACAAUUUUCAAUGUCAAUAUUGAUACCCAUUUAAGAUUCUGUAAAUGUUGUCGAGAAAAUGGAACACGUAAUCUGACUGUGCCACUGCGCUGCUCAGGAAACGGCACUGAAAUUAUGUACGUCAUUCAAGAGCCUAUAGAAUGCUCAUGCCAAUGGAACUGAACAUUACUGUGGAUAUGAUUUCAUCUGUAGAAGUAAAAGGAGUUUCCUUUCACCAAACUUUUUUUGAUGUUGGAUGACUAUAGUACAACUGCAGGGAUAAAAAAACAGAUGUGCUCAAUUAUGCUUUAUAAUGUAAUUUUUCACAGAUUUAGUAAAGAUGAUGUUCUUUGUUCUUCACAUUUUCUUUUGAAGUACUGGCAUAUAUAGAAAGAAAAAUAUAAAUCCUUUUGAAAAAGGUAUAAUUUAGCCAUCAUAUAUUUCUACUCAGUGGGCUUUCUGACAAGCUGUUGAAAGCUGGUUAAUGCCUGUUUCCAGCUGGACUGUGGCUAUCUAUCAAAGUUCAGAAUUUCUCAGUGGUUCUUUUCCUUUUACUCAGAAACUUAUUGUUGAGAACCAUCAUUGCUCUCAUGUUUAAAUGGGAGUUUGAUAAUGACUGAAUAAAAUAGUGGUUGAACCAAAACAUUUUUACCUUGCAGAAAAGUCUAUCUUUUGUCCAUUAAACUGUUGUCAUUGAGGGGACUAUUCUUACACUCUAAGUCAUUGAGAAACAACAUGACUAUGGUCUGUAAGUACCUGUAGUAAAUCUCCAGAGCAUAUAGUAGAAUCAUAAUAAUGUCUUUAAACUUGAGACAUUAAUUUAAUUUUUAUAUAUAUUAUACAUAUGAAGCAUGACUAGCCAAAGGCUGAAGAGUUCAAGCUUUUGUGCCUUUAUGAAAAAUAUCUGAAAGCUGCUUCUGAGAUGAAGAAUUCUAUUUUAUAUCCAUUUAUCAGCUUUCACAAAUAAGAAAUUGGCUCUAUACUAGCUGUAGUAUAAGAUUCUAUGUAUAUAUAUUUAUUUAAAAAACAGGAUACUGCACAUAUUAACUAUUCAUAAUGGGUUUCUUCCUUUCUUUUAUAGAAUCAUAGAAUGGUGUGGGUUGGAAGAUCAUCUAGUUCCAACCCCUGUGUCAUGGUCAGGGAGACCUUCCACUA